AUGGAUCACCUAAUGCCUCCGCGUAAGAAGUAUUGCGCCAAGAAGACGUGGCCUGAAGCUGCCGGUGGAGAAUUAACGUAUAUUAGGGAGCGAAUUGAGUACGCAAUGACUAUGUUUAUGCUUGAUGAUCCCUCUCGGCCACUCGAAAAAGCGCCUCUUCACCACUUCCCGCUGAUUUCGGAAAUUAUAAGACUCAGUGAAGAUGAAGAAGCUUACUACGCGAAAGUGAAGAAUUCCGAGUCAAAUCAAGAAAUGGCUUCGAUUCCUAUUCCAGAUGUAUUUCAGUCUUGCACUGAAACUGAUGUUACGCGUCGUAAUCCAAAGUAUGCAAUGCUAAAUCCUUCGCGGAAAAUCGGAAAUAUCACGGUUGCCGAAUGCAUCGAAAGCAUUUUUCUAUUCGACAAGUGGUUGUUCAAAUACCGCUACUCAUACGAAGAUGUGACGAGAAAUCAAUUGUCAUUGGGAUACAUGCCGAUUCACGCUGGUGGUUCGAAAAAGAUUUUCAAGCGCAAAUCGAGAUCCGUAGUUCGAUGUGGACCUGAGAAAGCGGAGAUUCUGCACGAAGAAAGAAAAUAUAAGUUCCCGCCGGAAUUAAUCAAGCGUCUGAAUCGGAUCUACGAGCGACAUCGUGAUCUCUUCAUUGGCAUCGCAUCGGACAACGAAUCGACUGAAUCCGACUACAGCUCGGAAGAUACCAGUGAGGAUUGCGAAGACUCCACAGAGGAUGACGAUUCGGAAGAUUUGCCACAUAAGAUUGCUUCUGCCAGAAGCUGA